UGCGGCCGCGGCCCCGCUGCAAGAUGGCGGCGGAGCGUCAGGGAGGCGGCGGCGGCCGCGGGGCCGGGGCGGAGGAGAACAAGGAGCACAAGGACGGCAAGGACAACAAGGAGAACGAGCGGCCGGCGGGGCCGCAGCCCGGCGGCCUCGGCGAUAGCCUGGGCCUGGAGAUCCUGCAGAUCGUGAAGGAGUCGCAGCAGCAGCACGGCCUGAGGCAUGGAGACUUCCAGAGGUACAGGGGUUAUUGCUCCCGCAGGCUGAGGCGGCUCCGCAAAACUCUCAACUUCAAGAUGGGCAACAGACACAAGUUCACUGGGAAGAAAGUAACUGAAGAGAUUCUCUCAGACAACAGGUAUUUGCUGCUGAUCCUGAUGGAUGCAGAGAGGGCCUGGAGCUAUGCCAUGCAGCUGAAGCAGGAGGCCAACACGGAGCCCCGCAAGCGCUUCCAUUUGCUGUCGCGGCUGCGCAAGGCUGUGAAACACGCCGAGGAGCUGGAGAGGCUCUGUGAGAGCAACAGGGUGGAUGCCAAGACUAAGCUGGAAGCUCAGGCGUACAUGGCUUACCUCACCGGCAUGCUGCGCUUCGAGCACCAGGAGUGGAAGGCAGCAAUGGAGGCUUUCAACAAAUGCAAGACCAUCUAUGAAAAGCUGGCCAAUGCUUUCACAGAAGAACAAGCUGUGCUGUACAACCAGCGUGUGGAGGAGAUCUCACCCAACAUCCGCUACUGUGCCUACAACAUUGGUGACCAGUCUGCCAUGAAUGAGUUGAUGCAGAUGAGACUGAGGUCUGGUGGCACUGAAGGUCUUCUUGCAGAAAAACUGGAGGCACUGAUCACCCAGACUCGGGCAAAGCAGGCAGCCACCAUGAGUGAGGUGGAGUGGAGAGGGAGAACUGUCCCAGUGAAGAUUGACAAAGUGAGGAUCUUCCUGCUGGGGCUGGCUGACAACGAGGCAGCAAUUGCUCAGGCAGAAAAUGAGGAGACAAAGGAACGUUUGUUUGAGUCUUUACUCAGUGAGUGCAGAGAUGCCAUUCAGGCAGUUCGGGAAGAAUUGAAACCUGACCAGAAGCAGCGAGAACACUCUCUGGAAAAUGAUUCUGGGAAGGUGUCCAACAUCCAGUACUUACACAGUUAUUUGACCUACAUCAAGCUGUCCACGGCCAUCAAGCGCAACGAGAGCAUGGCCAAGUCCCUGCAGAAGGCCCUGCUGCAGCAGCAGCGCUCCGACGAGGACGGCAAGCGCUCGCCGCGGCCGCAGGACCUCAUCCGCCUCUACGACAUCAUCCUGCAGAACCUUGUGGAACUCACACAACUUCCUGGCCUAGAAGAGGACAAGAACUUCCAAAAGGAGAUUGGAUUGAAGACACUUGUGUACAAAGCUUACAGGUGUUUCUUCAUUGCCCAGUCCUAUGUCCUGGUGAAGAAGUGGAGUGAAGCCCUCGUGCUGUACGAGAGGGUGCUGAAAUACGCCCGCGAGGUUCAGUCGGGAGCUGGAGCUCACAGGAACAGCCUGAAGGAGCUGCCUGAUGUUCAGGAUCUCAUCACUCAAGUCAAUGCAGAGAAGUAUUCCUUGCAAGCAGCAGCUAUUUUAGAUGCAAAUGAUCCUCAUGAGACUGAGUCUCCAUCUCAGGUCAAGGAUGGCAAGCCUCUCUCAGAACGGUUUGAGACUUUCUGCCUGGAUCCUUCCCUGGUCAGCAAGCAAGUCAGCCUCGUGCACUUCCCACCAGGAUUCCAGCCCAUUCCAUGCAAACCCUUGUUCUUUGACCUGGCCCUUAACCAUGUUGCUUUCCCACCUCUGGAGGACAAGGUGGAGCAGAAGGCCAAGAGUGGCCUCACAGGAUAUAUAAAGGGCAUUUUUGGAUUCAAAAGUUAACCAGGACCCCCAGAGGAACAGAGGUUUUAUUCUGUAUUGAAGGAGAAGCUCCAAGAGGUUCUAGGACACAAAUACCUGCACCUGAAACCAAGAGAGGGAAGUUUUACCAUCUUCUCCCCUGUGUCCUGUGUUCAUGUCUGUGCACACACAUUCUCUCCCAGUGUAUUAAAGACAAACAAUUACUCAGAAACAAACAUACACUAUAAAUAGCUGAAAAUAACCUGGAGCACAGAGAAAUUCCUUUCUGCUUGGAGAAGUUUGUGAUCAGUGACCUGUCCAGGGUUGGUACACAUCUACUCACCACGGACCAGGGCAUGGAUACAAUUUGAUUCCUGCCUCUGUCCCGUAAUUUGACACUAUUAUUUGUUUUUUUGAUCUAGAAAUUGGGGUGUAAUUGGGAAAUAGAGGCAGAAGUAGAGGCAGAGCUAAACCAGCAAGGUGAGGCUUCCACACAAUGGCUGUGGAACAGUGGCCAAGCCAGCAACUUCUCCUUCCCUUUCAACCCAGAAGUCUCUAUAUUUUUUAAGAAUGUAACAUUCUGAAAUGACAAAAUAGAGCCUCUUUCCUUAUCAGUAAGGAUGGCAAACAUCAAAUAUUGAUGGUUACCCCUGCUGUGGUGGUGAAUUUGUAUUCUGGGCCAACAGCACCCUUCUUUAUUCAUACACACACUUCAUUACAUACCUACAUACAGUAUAGAACCUAUUCCUGAAAGUAUUUUCCUGGGAAAAUAGCUUCAUGGGUGGCUUUAGCAAUAGCUACUUGCUCUUCUUGGGAAGUUGGGUCUCUUGGUGUUUGUUUUGUCUUUGAUCUAAACCUUCCUGAAAACAAGAUGAUCUUUUUCUGGAGUUCAUCUAUUGCUUUGUUUCUUGUCCCUGGUCAGUAGCUACAUGUGAAAUGAGGGAUGAGGAACAGCAGACCAGUAGGUUUGUGAGUGAUAAUUCAUCUCUGUCGUGCCAGACAGCGUUUUUUAUAAAGCACCCAGGUGCCACGGGGAUGGGCACUUUGAAAGUGCACAUAAUUUCAUAAUUGUGAUCAAUUCAGUAGGGAAAAAACCCACAGCACAUGGGCAGAACUGUUCCUAAAUAAAGCAUUUGGAAGAUUCCAUCA